AUGUCCGACUGCACAUUGGAGUUCGAUAUUCAGUACGUGGACCCGAAGGUCGUCGAGUACCUUCUUACUUCAUUCUAUCACAUCCGGAGCGACUACUGGUUCAACCUCGUGCUGGUGCUCGCGACGCAGUUGACCGGUUUGGGGCUGGCGGGGUUGUGCAGGAGGUUCCUUGUCUGGCCAGCGAGCAUGGUGUGGCCUGCAAACCUGGUAGCGUGCACGUUGUUGAACACGCUGCACGCGGAAGACGACGAGGCGACUGGCGGGCUCACGAGGUACAAGUACUUCAUGUGGGUCAUGACCGGGAGUUUCUUCUUCUUCUUCCUGCCAGGCUUCCUGUUCCAAGCGCUCUCCGUCUUCAGCUGGGUAUGCUGGAUUUGGCCCAAUAACGUGCCCGUGAACCAGCUCUUCGGCGUCUCGUCCGGGCUCGGCAUGUCAUUCCUCACCUUCGACUGGACGCAGAUCUCCUGGAUCGGCUCGCCGCUCAUGGUCCCUUGGUGGGCGGAGGUGCACAUCUUCGGCGGCUUCGUGUUCUUCUACUGGUUCCUCGCCCCGAUCUUCUACUACACCAACGUAUGGAAGUUGUCCUACUUCCCUAUCUCCGCCAACGACCCGUACGACCGCUUCGGGAAUACGUACAACGUCACGCGUGUGCUCCAGACGGACGACACCUUCAAUCGGACCGCGUACGACGAGUACUCGCCGCUUUACCUUCCGGCCUCUUACGCGAUCACCUACCUCGCCGCGUUUGCGCUCAUGACGUGCGUCAUCGUGCACACGUUGCUCUACCACGGCCAUUCGCUCCUCAACGGCGUCAAGCGCAUCUCGGUCGAGAAGGACGACAUCCACGCGAAGCUCAUGCGCAAUUACCCGGAGGUGCCCGACUGGUGGUACGGCGCCGCGUUUGUGUUUUUCUUCGCGCUCGCGGUCGUCGCCGUCGAGGUCUGGCAUACGAGCGUGCCCGUGUGGAGUUUGGUGCUGGCGGUGCUGUUACCCGUGGUCUACGUGCUCCCGAGUGGAUUCAUCUUCGCGAUGACCGGUCAAGGCAUCACGCUCAAUCUGCUGGCGCAGAUCAUCCCGGGCACGCUGCUCCCCGGGAACCCGCGUGCGAACAUGAUCUUCAAGGCCUACUCGGUCCAGACGCUGAACGAGGCGACCGACUUCGUCCAGGACCUCAAGCUCGGACACUACGUCAAGGUCCCUCCGCGAGCGACUUUCAUAGUCCAGCUCGUCGCGACCGUCCUCGCCGCCUUCGUCCAGGUCGGCGUGAAGGAAUGGCUCUUCACGAACGUGCCCGACAUCUGCUCGCCGGAUCAGGCUUCGUCCCUCACCUGCCCGCACAACAAGGUGUACUUCACCGCGUCCGCCAUCUGGGGACUCAUCGGCCCUUCGCGCCAGUUCGGCCCGGGCUCGAUCUACUACCCCCAGAUUUACGCCGUCAUCAUCGGCGCGUUCCUUCCCGUGCCCUUCUGGCUGUGGCAGCGCCGGUACCCGACGAGCUGGGUGAGGUAUUUGUCGACGCCCGUGAUCCUCAACGGCUUGCUGUUCAUACCCCCCGCGACGGGCAUCAACUACUCGGCGUGGUUCGCGAUGGGCCUCUAUCUGAUCAGGAAGAGGAAUUUCGCGUGGUGGAGCAAGUUCAACUACGUGACGAGCGCGGCGCUGGACAGCGGGACGAGCAUCAGUUUGAUCUUGAUCUUCUUCGUGCUUCAGAACGGAGAGAUCAUCGACAAGACCGUAUGGUGGGGUAACGAUAUAUUCCAGAAGAACGCGGAUUGGAACAAAACACCAUUCCGAGCAGUGCCUCCCGGUGGCGUGCCCUCAUAA